UUACAAAAACAUAAGAAGUUGCAACCUUCUAGCUAUUUUUGCAAUCCAUUAAUUAGCAUUUUAGUACCUGAAAAAUAUGAUUGUACACAUAUUCACCACUGUUCAAACGGCAUAGACAAAUAGAGAGAAUGUGUAAAGUCCACGUGCGGAUAUUAAUUAUUGAAAAACACUGUAGACAGCUUAGCCACAAUGCUAACUUGGUUGUUGUUGCUAACAGUUGGCUAGCAAAGAGCACAACAAUCUGGGUCAGUGGUGACGACAAAAUUAGUAGCUAAAAGGUAUAUCAAAUUUGGCUCUGUUUCAUGUGAAAAUAACUGGCUAAAGAAAAGCACCAAAUGGAAAUCCAUAGAUGCAUUGUUAGAGGAUGCGCCAAUAAAUCGGACGCAAUUAUUCAUUACAGUUUACCAGAGGAGCCACAGAGACGUCAACAGUGGCUACAGUUUAUUAAUGAAAGCAACUCGGGAGAGAAUAUUCCAGUUGUGUCCCGUUUAUGUGGCGACCACUUUACAGAAGAGUGCUUCACAAAACUUGAUCUCGGUUUCACCACGAGGUUAAUAUUAAAUCUUGACGCAGUCCCAACGAUUUAUUCCACUGAUAAAACAUCGGCGUAUCGGCAACACACAGUGUCCGCUGAGAGUGCAAAGGGGACUGGGAUGUUGGAAGUAAAAAAGACUGGCAUCAAGGAGGAGCCAGUGGACAGGGAGGUGGACUCGCAGGCGAAUCGCUCAAACAAUUUGUUGGGUUCAAUCAAGAAGUCGUUUAGUUCAAUCAAAGAGGAAAAUGUUGGGCAGGACGCGAGCAUUGCAGGGAGCUAUGACCAGAUUAGAGUGGUGAAAAUAGGAGACUCACACACAGGAGAAAGGAAGAAAGAGGGAGGAGAGUAUGGGAUGGAAUACUCACACUCUCACCAAGAUGGAGGCUAUGAUGCCAUGGUAACAGAGAUUCACAGGGAAGAGAGGAUGAAGGGAAAGGGCAGAAUGAAAGAAUGGAUGAUGGAGAAAAUGAAUGUGACGGCGCAUGAGGUGGAGGUGUUUGUGAUAGAAAACUCAAAACCAGAGGAGGAGGAAUGGAGGGAAUAUGUGUUAGGGGAGGAGGAGGAGGAGGAGGAGGAGGGAUGGAGGGAAUAUGUGUUAGGGGAGGAGAAGGAGGAGGAGGGAUGGAGGAUAGAGGAGAGGGGAGAGGGCAGAAUGGAAGGGAUGUGGGUGAAAAAAGGGAGACGGAAAAAGCUCCCGGGGCCGCAGUGGUGGAGAUGGGAGCAAGAGAGGAAGAAAACAGAGGAAGAUGAGUGGAAGAUGAUUGCAGAGAGGGCGAGGGAGGAAGAGCGGGAGAGACAGAAAGGUCAGACUGUGGAGGAAGAAGAGAAGAAGCGAAAGAAGAGAGUGGCAGGGUUCUGCUGCCCACAGUGCAGCAACACCUUCCAGUCCCGAAGUGAGUUAAUGGAGCACAAGACCGGCUGCUGCAAUGAUGCAAAAUACACCUGCCCAGUGCCACUCUGCCCCAAACACUACACAACUAAGAGGUCCCUGUGGAAUCACAUCCGCUUCCACCGUGUAAAGGAUGACAAGAAGAAGAAGGCGGCCUUGGAGACUAUCCAGAAAUCCCAGGGAGCCCAGGAGCAGAAGAUGAAGGCCUAUGAUGCUUACCUGAAAGCCCAGAAAGCCCAGAAAUCCCAGCGAGCCCAGAAAGCCCAGAAAGCCCAGAAAUCCCAGGUAGCCCAGGAGCAGAAGAUGAAGGCUUAUGAUGCUUACCUGACAGCCCAGGUGCAGCAGAAUCAAUACCAACCCAGCCAUAAGAAGAAAUUCUUCUGCCCACUCUGCAACAUAUACUACAGAAACCAAACUAGCCUGGACAAGCACUCUCGUUGUCAUACCAGUGUCCACAAGUUGACGUUCCGCUGCUCCUUCUGCUCACUGGAGAUCCUGCGAAAGUACACAACUAAAAAGCACUAUGACUUGGAACACCCGGGCAGGGUCCCACACUGUGAGGAGUGUGGAAAAACCUUUAACUCGAUCGACAGCUUCCUAAAACAUCAGGUUAGACACUUGUCCGUGACACCCUACUACUGUUAUGAGUGUCGCAUCUACCAGCUGACCCAGAGGGGCCUCACUGCCCACCUGAGAAACCACUCUCUCAGACGAAACCAGGAGCAGCUAGACCAGCAGUCUGGGAAACUCAACAAACCUGAUAAUACAAUGAAUCAUAGUACAGCCCCUCUACACAACAACCCUGCCUCUCUACAAGAACCACACCCAUCUCCAAGAUAACCACUCCCAUCUCCAAGAUAACCACUCCCAUCUCCAAGAGAACCACUCCCAUCUCCAAGAGAACCACUCCCAUCUCCAAGAGAACCACGCCCAUCUACAAGAGAACCACGCCCAUCUACAAGAGAACCACGCCCAUCUACAAGAGAACCACGCCCAUCUACAAGAGAACCAUGCCCAUCUACAAGAGAACCACGCCCAUCUACAAGAGAACCACGCCCAUCUACAAGACACAUCAAAGAAGAAGAACUUAUAACCAUAGAAAUGGAAUCUCAAUCUGUGCUUUAACCCCUCCUCUUUGUCCCAUAACCAUACCCCUCCCUCUGACAUGAAAAACUGACCUGGGAACUUUAUCAGUGACUAUUUCUGUACAGGAGAACACUGAGACUGGGGUCAAAUCCUCUAAAUAGAGACAUCUAGUACUUGGUUUUUACAGGAGAUGAACUGUUUUAUCGAUACAGAGCGAAUAGGAGAAAUGACAGUAGUACCAGAAUCAACAACCUCUGCAUCAUCAAAACAGUUGCUCUGUGAGAAGGUGUUAAAGUUCACAGUUAGCCAUUAUGUAAAUGCCAGCUGAAAAGUACCAGUGGCCUGGCUUUGGCCACAGGUGAGAGUAGGCCCCCUGGAGUAGGCCCCCUGGAGCCGGCCCCCUGGAGCCGGCCCAGUGAGACACGGGUACCAGCUCACGUAGAUGGAAACUGAAAAGACUGAGCCAUAUGUACAGUAUUUGUUUGUCACUGUUACCUUGAAGGCCAGGUGUCUUUAAAACGUUGUAAGCCCUUUAUAAGCCCCAUAAUAUCCUAUAUGAUGUGCAUUUAUCCUUCUAUCCGUAAUCUAAGAUAGAGAGAAUUCAGUUUAAUCUAUAGAGUUGUCUUACACAACAUUAACUGUAAUUAUCUUUACGUAAAAUGGGAUAGUCACACAUUUAUAAAAUGUAAUUUAGUGUUUCUGAGUUAAUGUUGGUGUUGAGAUGUAUUAUUAGACCAUUCCUGAUCCUUUGAGGUUUAAUCCAUUUUUCCUUCUGGUUCUGCACUUUUCUCUUUAUUUGCACUUGUUUAUUUCCUACAGUAGUCCAGGGUGAGUAGUACAGCACUAUGGGUAGGUUUAGUGGGUGCAACAUAGCCAUAGAAAUGUUUUGUAUAGAACAAAUACUUUGUUAAACAUAUGGGUUGUCUGUCAUGGAGGAUAGGGUAUAGUGUCAACUCUAUUACAUUUCUAUCUGCAACAAGAAUGUUUCACCUCACUGAAUACACCCCAUGUAUACAGUAGCAACUCUCUGGUCCUAUAGGAAGCCAAGUGAACUUUCUCUGGCCAAUAGAGAUGAACCCGAAUGACACUGUAGCCCUGCCCAACAAGGAGCACUUUGAUGUCGACUGGUUCCAUUACUGAAUGUCUGAUGCUUUGUUCUCUACACUAUUGACAUGCUCUCUGAAUAAAAAGCCUUUCUAUAGUAUUUACUGGUCAGUGAAAAACACA